AUGAACAACAUUAUCAAAAUUUCUUUAAAUAAACAAGACGACCAUUCAGCUCUAAUGGAUAUUUUGGGUCACGUAAAGGGAUCUAAGAAAUGUGUUGUAAUAGCGGGUGCAGGAAUUUCAUGCAGUGGCGGCAUACCUGACUUCCGCUCUGCAAACGGUCUUUAUGAAAUGGUCAAACAAAGAUUUCCAAGAUCUUUUAGUUCCGGUCAAGACUUAUUUGAUGCUUGUUUACUCAGGAAUGACGAAUCGAUAAGAGCUUUCUAUCUUUUCAUGGGAAUGUUAAAAGAAUAUAUUAUAAAAGCAAACCCGACACCUACACACUUGUUCCUCAAAAAACUUUCAGAUGUUGGUAAAUUAGUUAGAGUGUAUACCCAAAACAUCGAUAACUUAGAGGAAGUCGUAGGUCUUCAAACCAUUUCCAAUAUCAAAGCAACCACCAAAUGUUCUGCAAAAGUCAUACAACUACAUGGCACCAUGAAGUCAUUAAAGUGUGAUGCAUGUUCAAACAUUGUCGGUUUCGAAUCUGUGCACUGUAAUACAUUAAAAAAAGGAGCUGCUCCUAGCUGUCCCAGCUGUGAAAAAAGAGAAACUGAACGAAGGGAACAAAAGAAAAGAUAUCAUAGAGUAGGUGAAUUAAAGCCGACUGUGGUGCUUUAUGGUGAUCAUCAUCCACAUGGUCUUGAGAUUGGUCAAAUCGCUGCUAAAGAUAAGCAGAAGGCUGAUUGUUUAAUCGUAAUGGGCACUUCAUUAAAAGUCAUAGGAGUGAAGAAAUUAGUUAAAGGUUUUGCAAGAGGUAUUCAUGAAAGAGGUGGUAAAGUAAUAAUAGUAAAUGUUACUGAUGUCACGCGAAGCAAGGAGUGGAACGACAUAAUUGACUAUCAGGUUGAAGGUACAACUGAUGAGUGGUAG